CCACAAAUCGCGAUCGUAGACAUUCAGUGCGAGUCGAUCUUUCGAGCGCGCAGCAACGUUGUUGUCGAUUAUCAGAAACUAGGUAUCAAGUGGAAAAAUUACUUCCAAGUGUUACGAGAUUAGGUUGCAGUGAUAGUGAAUCAGUUUCCGUGUAUCUCAAUUUGUUCCUUUAGUGUAAAGAAUAUUGCACAAGUAGUAGAUCAACGAUAAAUUACAGUAUGAUGCUGAAGGGGAUAGCAAUUGGCAUGGCCGUGGCCAUAUUCAUACAAUGUGCUUUUGGUUUACCGGCUCCACAAUUUUUAUCAUUCAAAGAUGGAAAAUUUGGCGUCAAUUUUGGUGGUUAUCACGCCGAAGCUGGAUUAGGAGGACUGCUGACCGGCAAUAACGCCCAUGGGGGACUUUCAGCAUCGGCAGGGACACCUCACGGACAGCAGGCUGGAGCAGGAUUAAGCGGCAUUUUAGACGGAAAUGCUAGAACCUCAGGUGGAGCAUAUGCAGGAGCCUCUGCUGGACAUGGAGUAGGAGCAAGUGCAGCAAUUGGAGGAGGACUUGAUAAUGAAGGAGGUGCCGGUGGCACGGGAGCCGAAGCACAUGCUGGCGGUGUGAGCAAGAAAGUAGUUAAACUUGGUCAAACAGAGGGCAGUGAGACAAUAAUUACUCAUGAAGUACCACCACCUCCGUCUGUCCACACCCGCUUCAAUGAAGGUUUCGAAACCAAGUUUAAGACGAAAACCUUCGUGAAGGAAGUUCACACCGAUCUUGAAGCACCACCAACAGUUCAUUCACCGGUUCAUACUCAUAGAAAAACAAUCUACAGAAAGAAAUUCAUUUCCCGCCCAUACAAAACACACUCGCAGGAAACCAUAGGUGAGACUUCAAUUGAACAAGGUAGUACUGCCACUAACAACAUAGAUCUGAAACGAUUUUUGGACUUCCAAGCGUUCACGAAUAUUGCUUCUAGUUUCUCAUAUCCAGCACUAAAUAAACCAUUAUCAACAUCCUAUGUUCAGCAAGAACAACACAAAUCAGGAAUUUUUCAAGAGGGUGACGUAAACACUCGUUCUGAAACCAAUGGUCAAAAUGGAGGAUCCACAGACAAAUUUCCGACAUCUGGUAUCGCUAACAACCCCAAUUUCUGGAAUGAUAUUUUCAAUAUACCCAUAUCUACGUUGAAUGCAGUGAAUCAUUUCCUGAACAACAAAUCAACUCCUAAGAAAAACGACUAAGUAAUUGAUUUGCGUAGAUUAUACUUUUAAUCUGAUCAAAGUGUCAUGUAGCUACGCAUUGUCAGAAAUAUAAUGACUAUUUAAGUA